CAUCUCUUGCGCCUCCCGGUUUGAGAGAAAAGCAGUGGCGAACAAAACCAGACGCAAUGCCGUCUGUGUACAUCUUCCGCAACACGUCCACGGUUUCUUCAGACGAAGUUGCGAGAUGUGAGCUGGAAGCCCCCCACCAUGGUUGAAGACAGCAGCAUGCAGGAGCCCGGGUGCACGUUACUGCCCAACACGGAGACAGCAGAGUCAGAGCAGAACGUCCAGCUGGAGCCACACUGCUGCUCCCUGUGCAGCAAGACCUUCAUCUCUGCAGCCCACCUGACUCUCCACCUUGCCACACACAACAAGGAGCGGAAGUUCAGGUGCAGCACCUGCGGAAAGUUCUUCCAUCAGUCCUCUCACCUCAUGACGCAUAAGGUGAUCCACAGCGGGGACCGGCCCUUCAAAUGCCCCGACUGCGGGAAGACGUUCGGACGAGCUUCACACCUGAAGACCCACCGCCGCCUUCACACGGGCGAGAAGCCGUUCAAGUGCACCUACUGCGACAAGUCCUUCACUCAGAAGGCCGGUCUCCUGGCGCACGUCCGCCUUCACACCGGUGAGCGGCCGUACAAGUGCGAGAAGUGCGGAGAGGGUUUUCGUACUUUGCCCAUUCUGCUGGCUCACAAGGCCGAAAAGUCCCUGGGGCAGGAGAAAAGGCCGGUGGCGGCGCCACAGGCGACGGAGAGCAUCCUGGAGGACCUCAAGUGCGGCGUCUGCUGUCGCACCUUCGUACGCUCCUCCUAUAUCCGACUGCACAUCCGCCUCAAGAAGGGACAGAGACCCUAUCACUGCAGGGUCUGCAACAAGACCUUUGUCAAACUAGAUUCCUUUGUGAACCACUGUGAAAAACACUUGAUGCAGAAAAGAGAAAAAAACAAGGACAACCAGGGUCAAGCGGCUCAAGAUCCCGGUUUUGUGUCCGGCACCACGCCAGCGCCUCCCCAGACCACAGACGCCACCCAGUGUUCAAAGACAAAAUCCAAAGCAGAACUCGAUCAGAAAAACCUCUCAGAUGCUUGAGAUAAAACAUCGCUGGUUAUAAAGGGGGGUGUUCCAAUUGUAAUAUAAGUGUUCGGCGUGGCUAAAGGGAGGGGGAAUGCAACUCAUGUCCCACUGUCAUGUGUUAUAUAUUUAAUAAUCCAGGGCCAUAAUUCGACCAGUCCGGCGUUUAUUUACUUUGUAAUGAGUGUCGGGACAGUUGUGUCUGCAACUGCUCUGGAUUGUGAUGUAACAAAACAACUGGACCUGGGGACUAGCGUUCCAAGGGGGGACACAGGGUGGGAGCAGUUGCAUUACAUGCAUGAGGGCUGGACCUUUCAAAGAACCAGGAAAUGGGACUGAUGUAAGGUGGCACUUCACCUGUGUACAUUUCUGCAUGAUCCUUCGAAUGUGUUGUGCCAACUUUGAUUAAAUGUGUUGGA